AAUUUUUGGUUUGUGUAUUAACAGUAUACUGUGCAUGAAAACAUGGGUGGCGCAGUUAUAGUGUUGUUUUUUAUUGCGUUCUUCUAUUUGGUUUAUAAAAAUAUUGCUAAAGCGAAUCAGUAUUGGAAGGUCAGAGGUGUACCUUAUGUGAGCCCCAGAUUUUUUUUUGGAAAUUUUGCAAGUAACAUUUUUCAAAAAGCUUCAUUCGGCGAUGUGCUGCGUACAAUUUACCUUGCCUUUCCCACUGAGAGGUUUGUGGGACUUUACCAGUUUACCCAGCCGGUGUUGAUGGUUCGUGAUCCAGAACUUAUCAAGAGAAUUACUGUGAAAGAUUUUGAAUACUUUUCGGAUCACACGCAGUACAUUGCUCCAGACGUAGAUCCCUUAUGGGGAAGAAACUUGUUUUCUUUAUCAGUCAAAGACGGUUGGCACGACAUGAGAACAAUGCUUAGCCCUACUUUUACGAGCAGCAAAAUGCGAAUUAUAUUUUCUCUAAUGCAGGAAUGUGUAAAAGAGUUUGUGAGCUACCUUAACACCAAGGGAGAUACAAUGACGCUCGAAUUAAAGGACACAUUUUCGAGAGUGGCGAACGACAUUAUCGGAACAACGGCUUUCGGUGUCGAAUGUAAUUCACUAAAAAACCGACACAACGAAUUUUACAUGAUGGGAAAGCAGAUUACUAGUUUCUCUGGAAUUAGGGGAUUAAAAUUCUUCGCAUACGCCACUCUUCCAAAAUUAAUGAAGUAUUUAAAUGUGAAAUUGAUUUCAACAACCGCAGCCAAAUUUUUCACUGACGUCAUCACUGAUACGUUACGUUAUCGGGAAAAGAACAACGUUAUUCGACCAGAUAUGCUUUAUCUGCUAACAGAAGUUAGAAAAGAACGUAUGGCACAAGGGGAGAAUUCGGCUAAUGUUAAGCACCACAAAAUUGAGUUGACCGAUGAUCUCAUAACGGCCCAAGCGAUGAUAUUCUUCUUUGCCGGUUUCGAUACGGUUUCUACGGCUUUAAGCCUAAUGUUUUACGAAUUAGCGAUCAACUCUCAAAUUCAAGAUGAACUAUUCGCAGAAAUAAGGCAAACCGUCGGUGAACAAAUUACAUACGAAAAGCUUCUAUCGAUGAAAUUUUUAGAUUGCGUUGUUUCAGAAUCUUUGAGACUACAUCCGCCCGGGAUAUUUAUGGAUCGAAGAUGCGUAAAGCCGUACGUUAUAGAGCCGGAAAAGGCGCGCGAUCCUACGGUGCGUCUCGAAAAGGGCGAUCUCAUUUGGAUACCGAUCCGUGAGCUUCAUAGGGAUCCGAAUAACUAUCCCGAACCGAAGAAAUUUGAUCCGGGUCGCUUUUCGAGUGCGAACAAAGAUCAAAUUAAUCCGUUCACCUUUUUACCUUUCGGAUUGGGGCCGCGAAACUGUAUAGCUUCCAGGUUUGCACUACUCGAGUGUAAAUUGGUGCUUGUGGAGGUGCUAAAGCAGUAUGAGGUUGUUCCGGUGAGCAAAACGGAAAUACCUUUAACUCUCAGCAAGAAGAGUCCUAUUCCUUUACCUGAAAAUGGAGUCUGGGUUGGUUUUAACCGUAGGGUAGAGGACAACCGGUACUCUAACGAGUGAGGAAUGAUGAAAAGACAGUAUUGCCUUAAUUUUCGUAUUAAUUUUUUAUUUAAAUUGAAAAAUACAGUUUUUGUGGCGCUUU